CACCACCAUAUAUGCUUACUAGUGAAGAAAGACAGAUUCUUGAUUCUAUUUCAUCGUUGGAGAAUUGGUAACUUACAGAUGUUUUGAGAUUCUUCAAAGACUUUAAUGAGUGUUUUAACAGUGACUUGAAAGACUUUGCAUACCGUGAAAUGUGGAAGGAAAGAAAGAAAAUGAAAAGUAUUGAGAAACCCAAUCGUUGAAUCCUUGAAGCUUCCCUCAGCUACAUCAUUAUACUUCUGGAAUUAGAUGCCAUAAUAAUAUUGUUUAAGCUGGUUUUUUGGAAAGUGAGGUUUUUCAACAUGAGUCUCUUGGCUGAGAAUAUAUGGAAAAGGAAGAGGAAAGCUAAGAGCACUGAGCAAAAAGAGGCAUACCACUAUAAUUAUAAUAAAGUAUGGAAGAAAAAAAGAACGAUUUAUAUUUGAUUUAUGAGUAUGAAGAUCAUGCCAAAUAUGCAGGACUUGCUAUUUAACUAAACUGCAGGAACUUUUUGAAGAGAAUCCAGGAGCUGAAAUAUAUAAAUAGAGAUUGGCUGGUGUGAUUGUGAAGUAUCUUGUCGCCUUUUCUUGAGCUGAGAUUUUCAUUUUGGGAAUACAAAGACCUGGGAUGAAGAAAGAUAUGGGGAGAUACAAAAUGGGUUUGUGUUUCAGUGACAAGCUCAGAAUGAACAGAGGAUCCCCACCCCCGGAUGUAGUGACAGCGUUUGUAGAGUAUACCGAGGGGAGAAACCACCUGAUGGCAGAGCAGCUAUGUCGGUUCUUGGUUGAGGUGCAAGGGGAGACUGAGGUGCCGAUUUCAGAUGCAGAGAAGAUCAUAGAAAGAAUCACAUGUGCAAGACAUCAUAUUACUAAGUUUUUGAGGCAUACGCUGAACCUUGAUGAUUUCUUCAGUUUCUUGUUUUCAGAUGAUAUGAAUCAUCUAAUUGAUAGUAAGGUGCAUCAAGACAUGAAGUCUCCCUUGUCCCACUAUUUCAUUUACACAAGCCACAACUCGUAUCUGACUGGGAAUCAGAUCAACAGUGAAUGCAGUGAUGUACCUCUCAUUAAGGCAUUAAAGAGAGGUGUUCGAGCUCUUGAACUUGAUCUGUGGCCUAACUCUACUAAAGACGACAUACUUGUUCUCCACGGCUGGGCAUGGACACCUCCAGUGGAUCUGAUCAAAUGCUUGAAAUCUAUUAAAGAUCAUGCCUUUUCUGCAUCUGCAUACCCUGUGAUUUUAACUUUGGAAGAUCAUUUGACCCCAGAUCUUCAAGCCAAAGCAGCUGAGAUGAUGAAAGAGGUAUUCAUGGAUAUGCUGUAUUUUACUGAGUCUGACGGUUUAAAAGAGUUCCCGUCACCAGAAGAUCUCAAGUAUAGAGUUGUUGUAUCUACAAAGCCUCCUAAACGGAACUGUGAAAAGGACAAGAAUUCUGAGUCAGAUGUAUCAGGAAAGGCGUCAUCAGAUGUUUCAGUAGACCGAGUAGAUGAUGAGAAGACCGAGGAAGAAACAAGCGAGGCUAAAAAUGAAGAGGUAGGAUUUGAUAAAGAAUCCAGCAACUUGGAUUUCGUCACCUACAGUCGCCUGAUAGCUAUUCCUUCUGGAAAUGCUAAAAAUGGAUUGAAGGAAGCACUUACUAUUGAUAAUGGUGGAGUUAGAAGACUGAGCUUGAGAGAGCAGAAGUUCAAGAAAGCCACUGAAAUUUAUGGAACCGAAGUCAUGAAAUUCACACAGAAGAAUCUGUUGAGGAUAUAUCCAAAGGCCACACGAGUAAAUUCCUCAAACUACAGGCCCUACAACGGUUGGAUGUACGGAGCUCAAAUGGUUGCUUUCAACAUGCAGGGAUAUGGAAGAGCUCUCUGGAUGAUGCAUGGUAUGUUCAGAGGGAAUGGUGGAUGCGGGUACGUGAAAAAACCGGAGUUUACGAUGAACAAUGGUCUCCGUGGAGAAGUGUUUGACCCUAAAGCGAAAUUACCCGUAAAGACAACUCUGAAAGUGAAAGUUUACAUGGGAAAAGGAUGGGACUCAUGUUUCCAACGAACUUGUUUCAACACUUGGUCUUCUCCUAACUUCUACACAAGGGUGGGGAUAACAGGAGUAAGAGCUGAUAAGGUAAUGAAGAAAACAAAGAAAGAAGACAACACUUGGGAGCCUUUCUGGGACGAGGAGUUUGAGUUUCAGCUAACAGCACCCGAGCUUGCCUUGCUCAGAAUUGAAGUUCACGACUAUAACAUGCCAGAGAAGGACGAUUUCUCAGGCCAGACAUGUUUGCCUGUGACAGAACUGAGACAGGGCAUACGUUCUGUUCCAUUGUAUGAUCGCAAAGGCGAGAGACUAGUUUCAGUUACACUUCUCAUGCGGUUUCAGUUUGUUUAAAAACAAAGCUUCCUUCCUUGUUAUUAUCAUCCAGAGAGUUUGUACUUUUGUAGUCUAGAGACUUUAGCAAAUCAAUGAUCAACUACAUUUCUCACAAUUUGUAGUGUUGACUUUUUGCUUAACUUUUUAAGUGGUUCUUUUUGUAUUUUUAA